AUGGUUGCCUGCUACCGUGGCUUCCAGAGUGUGGUGGCUCUGCUCAGCCGCUGCCCUUUCCUCGAUGUGAACCAGCAGGAUAAAGAAGGGGACACAGCCCUCAUGCUGGCUGCCCAAGCAGGCCAUGUGCCUCUGGUGAGUCUCCUGCUCAACUACUACCCGGGCCUGGACCUGGAGCGCCGAGACCAGCGGGGGCUAACAGCACUGAUGAAGGCCGCCGUGCGGAACCGUUCGGAAUGCGUGGCUGCCCUCCUCAUGGCAGGUGCUGACCUGACAGCGGUGGAUCCUGUUCGGGGCAAGACAGCCCUAGAGUGGGCACUGCUGACUGACAGCUUCGACACCGUGCAGAGGAUCCGGAUGCUGCUGCGGCGCCCCCAAAUAGAGCAGCUGAGCCAGCAUUACCAGCCCGAGUGGCCAGCCUUGCCUGGGCUUGUGGCUCAGGCCCAGGCCCAGGCCACCCCAUCUCUCCUAGAGCGACUGCAGGCCACCUUGAGCCUCCCCUUUGCCCAGUUUCCUCAGGAGGGGGGUGUCCUGGACCACCUCGUGACCAUCACGACCAGCCUGGCCAGUCCCUUCCUCACCACGGCCUGCCACACCCUGUGCCCUGACCAGCCACCUGCGCUGGGCACCCGCAGCAAGUCUGUGCCAGAGCUGCUAGUACAAGCUACAGCCCAGGCCUCGAGAGAAUCGAAGGCUAGCCCUUCCUGUCUGGAGAUACCAGGAGCUCAGGAUGGAGAGGAGGAGGCAGGAGGAGGAGGCUAG